AUGCUCGGUAUUUUCGCUAUUCAUCUUGUUUUCGACCCAUUCGCUUCCUGUAUUCAACUGAAAAUCUUCUUCGGAUGCGUCCAGAAGAAUCCGUCGACUGGUUGUGCUCAACUUAAAGUCAUCAAGUGUACUUGCACAGUCACUCCGACAGGAAUCGAAAAAGAUUUCGAUAAAAGUGAAAUGCAGUAUUCGGAACAACAUUCCACUUAUCUGUUGUCUCUUCAUUUCAACAACUUCAAAGAAGAAACCCUUCGCAUCGUCAACGACGUCAACAAGUUCUCCAUCUUGUUCAUUGCUGGGUACAACGCUUAA